GAGGCUAGCUUUACAGACUAACCUUACUUAUUUUCCUUGUUCUCUGAGAGAAUCCGUCAUCAAAAUCAUCCUAUUUUCUGCCGAUUUGAAAACCUAUGUAUCGAAUCCCUGAUGUCAAGAGGGAAAAUACGACCCACUAGUGACAUAUGUGCAGAUUGCAGUGCCCUAGAUCCUACAUGGGCCUCUAUCAACCGUGGCGUUCUAAUAUGUGAUGAAUGCUGCAGUGUGCACAGAAGCCUUGGACGGCACAUAUCACAAGUCAAGUCCCUGAAGAAAGGAUCAUGGAAUCCCACAGAGUUACAGAUGGUCCACCAGCUGGUUAGCCAAGGAGCUAACAGCAUCUGGGAGCACUCUCUCCUUGAUCCAGGGCAGAACAAACAAGGGCGACGUAAGCCAAAUGCUCGCGACCCAGUACAUAAAGAGAGACAUGAGACGACCAAGGCUAAGUACAUUCCAACCAAAGCUGACUUCAUUCGUGCUAAAUACCAGUUCCUAGCAUUUUCAAAGAAGCAUCAAGAUGGUGAAUAUGUAUCGAGUGACGACUUAAACAGACAAUUGCAUUCAUGUGUGCGAACUAACAAUGUUGAGACCUGCCUUCGCCUUCUCUCACUUGGAGCUGAUCCAAAUUACUUAAAUCCAGAAAAGGGUAACUAUCCACUACAUGUGGCGGCUGCGUCUGGACAGGCUACACAGGUGGAGCUACUGGUUGUGUAUGGCUCUGAUCCUGGAGCUCCUGAUAUCCUUGGAAAGACACCUAUAGAUCAUGCAAGGAAUGAAGGGCACACUGACCUUGCUGACCGACUGGUAGAGUGUCAGUAUGAGUUGACUGAUAGGCUAGCCUACUACUUAUGUGGCAGGAAGCCAGAUCACAAGACACAGCAUUUCAUCAUCCCACAAAUGGCAGACAGUUCCCUAGACUUAUCAGAGCUGGCAAAAGCUGCCAAGAAAAAGUUACAAGCGUUAUCGAAUCAUCUGUUUGAAGAAUUGGCCAUGGAUACAUAUGAUGAGGUCGAUCGGAGAGAAAAUGACGCCAUCUGGCUUUCGACGCAGAAUCACAGCACGCUUGUCAUGGAUCGCCAGAGUAUACCUUUCUUACCAGUGAAUCCAGAGUUAUCUUCAACAAGGAAUCAGGGUCGGCAGAAGCUAGCACGAUUCAAUGCUCGUGAAUUCACUACUCUAGUCAUAGAUAUUCUUAGUGAAGCGAGGAGACGUCAGCUGGGCAUUGGCACACAGUCACAUUCACCUCCAGCUCUAGAAAGAGCACAGUACUUGGGCGUGCCAAGAAUAGUCUUAUCGUCGACGCACAGCCUCACCCCGAGUGAUGACUCAUCACUCUAUGACAGUGUGGCCUCACAAGGAGAGACACCUGAUGUCCCUCGCACAAAGAUGACCAAGUCGUUGAGUAACAUCAGUGAUGACGAGCCUUUGUAUGACAGCGUGGCGUCUGAUGAGGACUACAGUACAUUAGACCAGGACAGUAAUGAGAAGGGCGAUGAUGAGGCCAAGAAACCCGGUCCUGCAACAAGCGCGGCAGAAGAGGAGUUGACUAUCCCACUUAAAGGGAGUGUCUCUCCUUCUUCCAUGAUUUCGUUCACUGAGAGUAUGGCAUCAGGGUCUGAGCACUCUGAUAAUGCCAUCACCCUCGAGGAGUACAUGGAAGUCAAGCGAACCCUGGCCGCAUCGGAAGCCAAGUGCCAACAGCUCGAGCAGAAGGUUAAUAACCUUAGUACUGAGCUGAAGAAAGUGGUGGUUGAAAACGAGCAUUUGAAGAAGCAACCGGCUGUUCCAGAUGCCAAGUCUGUCGCUAAUGGUCAUAGCCUGAAUGCCUCCUUUAGUGCUGGUACAAUGCCACGACCUGCUAAACCUACCCCAGCUAAUCGACCACAGUCCAUGUUUGAACAAAGGGAUAACCAACGACCAGUGCCAAAAGAAAAUACUCCGAUCUGUGAAGAUCCGAUGGAGAAUGCAGAGGAGCCACCAGCUACGAAAAAGGAGAAUUAUGGUGGGCGGACCAAACCAGCACCAAAUCCAAAACCUGUGCGUAUAACGUGCGAUGAUUCAGAUUAUGAGAACACCAAGCCUAAGAGAAUCAGUGAUAGUGGAAGUCUAAGAUCUGAUAGCAGUCAAUUCACCUCCUCUGAAGGUAGCCAGACGCCGGGGACACCAAGUAAUCCGGAGGGGCAUCUUGUAGCUGCGGCAAUGUGGGACCCAGAGGAUCAGUUACCCUCGCAAGAUGAUGUGGUUAGGAAGACUGAGAGGAUUACUAAGAAGAUCCAGGAGCUACUCAUCUCGGCCCAGGAGGGCAAGCAUGCCAGUUACGCUGUGUGUUCGGAUAAGAUCCACGCUGCUGUCUUAGACAUGGCCACCAUCUUCCCUCAGAAACCAAAGACGGAGAGUAUCAAGAUGGCGCUUCAUUACCUUACCAGCAGCGCAGUCAGAUUACGGGAGGAAUGCCGCAUGGAACAAAUGGAUGGGCGCGGCCAGGUUGACCAUCGCAUUAAAACACAGCAGGUCAUUCAGUGUGCCUAUGAUAUCGCCAAAGGUGCCAAACAGUUGGUCACAAUAUUUCAGUGAGGGGUCAUGCAGGGAAGGUGACCUAAACUUUAGUUGACUUGUGACCGCAGUUUGGAUCCAUCCUUUACUAAGUGCAAUUGAAUCAUGAUUGAAAAGGUCAAAUGAGCUAUUGACAUGAAGUGUUUUAUCAAAGUGCUGAUGUAUCCCUGUGGAGGCAGAUGAAUGGACUAUAGGAAGACUUCUUUUGUUCAUGUGUAGCAUGUUAAGUGGACACUUCUCCACUAUGUAUUUAUUAAACUUUCUGAGAUCUUUCUCUAGCAAUACUAGUAUGCUAGACUUCAACCUGAUUCAUGCUCCAGCUGCUGGCUGACUAGAUAUAUGCACCAGCUAUGAUACUCACGUGUCAGGUUGGGGCAGUCGGCUUGUUGGCAUCAGCUGGCAGCAUGAGUAUGAGUAAGGCCUUUAGCUAAAGGCUUGACCUGCACCCUGUCCCAAAUCGUGCAUCCACAACUUUCUUGAUAAUGCAUGAUAUACAUACAUUUGUAUAUGUAUAAAUAACUAUAAAUAAAUUUUGUUAUGUUUCAA